AGCCAUCUCGGUGUCCCCCUAGAAUUAAAGCUUGGCAUAUUUUUAUGUGUGCAAUGCAGGUAAAUGAAUUUGACUCAUCAGAUGAGGAGCCCUUGGAAGAAGAACAUACACCUUUUCAAGUAUCCUGGUUACCCUUAUCACCAGCUUAUUCCCAAUCCCUAGGAAUCAGCUCACUACCAGGUUGCCGAUUCAAAAGUAUUAGAAGAAGCCUUCAGAAAGACAUAGAUGAACUAAUAGGUUACGGGGUGCUGGAUGUAUUUGUACUCUGUACCAAGGGAGAACUCACAAAGUACCGUGUCCCACACCUCAUGGAGACAUACCAGAAUUAUGGGAUCACUGUGCAUCACCAUCCUAUUCCUGAUGGAGGUACACCAGAUAUUGCCAGAUGCUGUGUUAUUCUAAAUGAACUGAGGAACUGCCUUGAAUGUAAACGAAAAACCAUAAUACAUUGUUAUGGAGGACUUGGACGAUCCUGUCUCAUAGCAGCUUGCCUUCUGCUCGAGAUAUCUGACACCAUAGACCCACAGCAGGCGAUAGACAGCAUGAGGGAGUUGAGAGGUUCAGGUGCAAUACAAACUCUAAAGCAAUACAACUAUCUUCAUGAUUUUCAAGAGACCUUGGCUGCCUAUUUGGCAACAGAAAGUGCAAUAACAAGAUCAGUAUCCCGAUAAAAUAACUUGAGUUUAGUUACCACUUGAAAGUAUAUAUUGCAUUGUUUUUACUUUGUACACAUAGUGGAAAAUAAUUUUAUUAACUGCCUGCCAGUAUCUCCUUGACAAGUCACACAUGAAUAACUGCAUAGCACAAUGAGUAUGAAUAAAGUUCCAUCUGUGGAUUGUAUUUUUAAAACAUCAAAUUAUAGCAUGCAGCAGAAUUCAUAAUAAAUAUGAUUUUUAAUCUCUCUUUACUGUAAACUCUUUCCAGUUCCUAUCUAGUUUUCUCUGCUAUGAUGGAGGAUAUUUUUGUUGUAGUCCUGUCUACAGUUUAUGGGAAAGUCUAUAUAAGAGAAUCUCAUUAUCUUAAUAAUGUGGCAGUGCCAGCUUUUUGGUGGGGUAUGUCAUAGGACACUAGAAACUGAAGGCAUUGUGGAUUGUGUUUCACAUGUGUUCCCUUUUCAAUUCAUGUGUCCCUGUACCCAUGCCUAUUACCAUGGCAAACCAGAUGUUUGCUCACAAAUAGAGAUGUUCAUGAACUAAGGUUUUGCUUGUUUCCUGGUAAAGCAAUUCAUACAGUCUCCCUUAAAGCAGAGUAACUUUGUAGUCAAGUUGUCCCAGCCCGUCAUCUGAAAGAGCACUCUAUCAUUACUACAACUAAGUACCAACCAACCAGGAUAUUUAUUUUCAGGAUUAGCAGUCCAACCUACUACUUAAAACAGGAAAUGGCAAAAAAAUCUAUUCCAUAAACAAAAUCUGCAUGGAGCAGCAUGAAAUAGUUAUUGUUGUACUGCUCUUUGCAUAAAGAAAAAUGUAGGAUAAAAGACUGUUUCCUCUGUGUUCUACAUGAAUGUGAAACAGAUAUACUGCAAUAGCAGCCAACUGAAAUUCAAAAAUUUCGACAAGACUGAAGUAGGUCUACUGCUUGAAGCAAUAUAUGUUUGUCUACCUACAGUAUUCAUUAAAUUUAUAUUCCACCACAAUCUAGUGACUCUUUGCAGCUUGUGUGUUAUAAUAUAGCAAAAAAAUUUACAACAUCCAUGUCAUGUUAAACUUCCAUGGUAUGGUUAAAAUGAAACAACUAAUCAUAAAACCUCUCGAACUAAAAGUUCUAAUAAAAAAUAAAAAAAUGGUGCAGUGCGUAAACUUAGAGGGAAGCUCUCCAAAAUAAUUCCAUCUUUAACAUAAAGUAGACAAUCUUACCACAGACCAGAAGAACACAGAAUCAAAACCAACUCAAAACAGAGGACAGAACAGGCCUCAAAAACCUAAAGAAGGACCAAACCAUCAUCGUCCUCUCAGCAGACAAAGGCCAACACGGUUAUCAUGGACAUAUCACAAUACACAUAAAAAGCCAAAGAAUUACUGGAGGACAAAUAAACCUACAUCCCAGUAAACACCAACCCAAUACAGAAACU